AUGACAUCGCCAGCCGCUUCCUCAGCGCUGCCGAGCGCGAGCUCCCUUGAUGCUGCAGGCUCAACAUCUUCAGCCUCAGCAGCCAUGUCAUCGCUCUCCGCAGCCAUGGCCUCAGCUUCGAAAGCUCUAUCGAGCGAAUCCGCGAUAGCCAGCGGAAGCGGCUCCAAUCCUCCAGCUUUCCAAUACGUGGGAAUUGCACUGGCUGUGGGAUCUGGACUGUUCAUCGGAUCUAGCUUUGUACUCAAGAAGAAGGGCCUCUUGGCCAGUCAGAAGUUGCAUGGCCAGAAAGCGGGAGAGGGGCAUGCGUACCUCAAGAGCUGGAUGUGGUGGAGUGGCAUGAUCCUCAUGGUGAGUAUCGCAAUCAGAUUUGCAUAGCGCCAGCUGCUUGCAUCCAAACAAUGACAACGAUUUUCAGAGGGGCCACUAGCUCGCGUUUGCUGAUGGAUCACGGGCGCUCACACUCAUUUCUUGCUGGCGGCUUUUUCUAUCACCUUUGCAGAUCCUGGGAGAAAUUCUGAAUGUCGUAGCGUACGCUGUGUCUUCGGCCGUAUUAGUCACGCCGCUUGGAGCCCUUUCCGUCGUCAUUUGUGCCAUUCUAUCCUCCAUCUUUCUCAAGGAGAAGCUGAGUGAGUGAUGGAACAAUUAGGAAAGGUCCAUUUGACACUUCCUCGCCGACAGCUCACUCAUCCACCACUACGGACUUCUGUCGCCCUGGUAGCACUAUUUGGAAAGCUGGGUGCUGCACUAGUGGGUCUCGAUUUUGCAACCGGGCAGCGAGAUAUAGCAUGUUAGGCUUACAGAGUGGCACAUUCGUGUCGAACAGUGCAUCGUCGGGUCCACAGUCAUCGCUAUCAAUGCACCCUCGUCGCAUCAGGCCGGAGACAUCAAGAGCUUCAUGCAUCUAUUUAUCGCUCCUGGCUUUCUUAGCUGGAUGGGGGUCUGCAUUGUCGGCAGCUUGAUUCUCAUCUUUUGGGCAACUCCUCGAUACGGCAAGAAGCAGAUGCUCAUCCCCAUCACCAUCUGUUCCUUGAUAGGUGGACUGAGUGUCAGCACCAUCAGCGGCAUUGGAAGCGCAGUGAUCCUCACCAUCAGAGGUAACAUGCAGCUCACACAUUGGUUCUUCUACGUUUUGCUCGUAUUCGUGAUCGUCACGCUUCUCAUAGAGAUCAACUAUCUCAACAAAGCUUUGGAGCUCUUCAACACCGCCAUGGUCACUCCCACUUACUACGUCAUUUUCACCUUCUGCACUCUGGUCACCAGCAUCGUGCUCUACCAAGGUCUGGAUGCAGACGCGAUUGCCAUUGUCACAAUUGUGCUCGGGUUCUUGACGAUCUGUGCAGGCAUCUCCCUGCUGCAGCUCAGCAAGAUUGACCCUGAGGAUCUCACAAACAAGGAUGGCUCGCCUCUGGAUAGAGAAACGACACUUCUCAUUCGAGCCUCGAGGUCUAUGGUCUCGCGGCAUGGGGGCGAGAAGGGCUCGCAAUUUGGCACGCAGGGACUAGAUGACCCUGGCGUGGAUGCAGUGCGAGGUGGUAUGGGGGUGGUGGGCAGUCUCAUCAGAGCACGAUCUGCGAGAAAGCUGCAUGCCUCCGCAGACGCCUAUGCAGAUGAGGACGGCAUGCUGAAUACGUCUUCCAGGCGCGAUCUGGAGAGGUACGAGCUUCACGAUGCGCCAGUGCGCCGAGGCACGAAUCAAGCACCCGGACACUACACUAUGCCAGCGCUGGGCAUGCCUAUAAAGCGUGACACUGCAAUCAGCUUUGCAGAAGGCUCCGAAAAUCCCCAUGGCCAUCACGCGGGUGAUGCGCCGCUGCGCAGCGUUUCCAGAACAUCGAACAUUAGCAACAGCACCAGCAAUGCACCGCAACGAAGCAUCUACAAGACGGAACCCGCAUCCUUCUUGAGCCCUUUGAGUCCGAGAGCUGGAUCAACUCCGGUCCGUGGCGACUCUAUAGAAGAGGUCAACGAGAAAGAGAAGCCUGCAAGCCCAAGCAUCCGGUCUGUAGGUGGUCCUAGACCACUGCCGGACUCGCUUAGGCAGCAAGGAUCUCUCUCGCGCUCCACAGCUGCACCUGAUCUGAGAACCAUGUGGGACGCCCCGAUACCGGGUCUCACGCCCUCCGAGAAGUCCAUUGCGGAGCUAUCAUUGGACGCGACGCAAGACUCUACUGGUGGAAUCAGUGAUUCCCCGAGCAGCACCAAGGAGAGGACGGACAAGGUGUUUCCGGGCGCCACUUCGGGAUCUUUCAGAGCGAGGAACAAGGAAGCUGUGGAAGGCGAGGAGGAGGAGGAGCUCCUCAAUCCUCGAGGGAAAGUGGAGGAUUCGGAUGAUGAGGAGGAGCGAAGAAAAGGACGGCUAGCGAGAAAACACUUUUGA